CACAAGCCACCACACGACGGCACGAAGGCAACAUCCCGGAAAAUGAUACCUUUUCAGAUCCCUCCUCGCCCACCAUGCUGAUACUGCUAUGCCCAACCCGCCGGCUCCCAGCUGUUACUGUCGUGGCCUCUCGACUGAAGCUUGCCAAUGCUCGGCCGCAGCGGAGAUGGCUGAAUUUGUGGCUACACAGCAAGGACAAGUGGAAGACUCUACCAUGGGACCAAACAGUCUAUCUUCGUUUGCUCAAGGAACACGAAGAGGCAGUGAAAGCAAAACGUGACGACGUAGCCUGGGGCCUGCCCUCAAGGCCAUACAUCUACAAGCGAGGCAUCGUUGUGCACGCCUUGAAUCUGAAGCACUAUGUCAUCUUGCUGGACCGCGUGUCGCUGUCAGUGAGGCUGGAUGAUCCACAACAAGAGCCAGUCUUGACGGUGGACGUCUUCAUGCUUACUAGCACUGGCGCUUUGAAUGCGAAAAACAAUCAUUUCAGCAUUCGGUGGUCCGACCUUGACAGAGAACCCAUGCUGGGAGAUCAGGAUCCCUGGCAGCUGACCCCCUCCAUCGAGUACGAGUUCCGACCCGAGGAGAAUCCCAACCUCCCGAUCACCAAGGUGGCCCGCAUGUUCCAGAAAGAAGUCAGCCGCCCUGUCUUGGCACCCGGGGCACUCACCAUACCGGUCAAGCACUUGAGCACUCCGCUUCCCCACCGCUGGUUUGCCUUGACUAGAGAAUCAAUCGACCGCCUUGACCCGACAGGCGAUCAUGGCCCGUCCACUCGAGAGUUUCUUGCCUUUUGUCCGGCGCUUGGGGAACCCGCUGUUGGUCGUGCCGACGCCUAUUACCACGGCCACCAGAAGAUAUACUUGCCGCCGGGUCGUUGGCCCUUUGAAGACCGCACAGCCGUUGUCUUUUCACAGAUCGAAAACACAGAGGACGAAAAGCGACGCAUGGCUGCUGCUGCGCAAAGGCUAGCGCAAAAGUUCAAGGAGAUGGGGCGGGUUCGUAGCACAACAGUAAAGCAGCUCUGGCUAGCCGAAAUCAUCAAGAAGGCAUGGCCUCCGAAGGACUAUUCCAAAUUCCUCCCGCAAAAGGCAGAGAACCACUGCAGGGUGCUCAUUGCCAGAGCACUGGAGAAAUGGCGUGGAACGACAAUCGUGAUCCACGUAUCGACAGAGCUCCCGCAAAAACCGACCCGGCUGCUAUUGGAGGAGGUUUCAGCAAACAUGAAACAAGACACAGUUGUUAUCGUCUCGUUGAUGGGCCGGAGGCUAUACGACCGCAUCUUUAACCACCGGGACGAGAAAGUGCGCGAGACGUUUGCGACCGAAAUCGUGUUCAAGCCGCCUCUGAGACCGGCACCCGUCGUCGAGGAGCCAGUGCCCGAGACUACCGCUCAGGAGGACGAAAUGCUCAAACGACUCAUGGAAAAGUUCCUCUCCCAGAACGAGCAGAGGAAAAUGCGAGAGCGAGAAGAAGCUGAGAAGGCGCGGAGAGAAGAAGAGCGUCAAAGAAAGUUGGCCGAGGCCCGGAAGAAGGAGGAGGAGGAGCGACAAGCUAGGAUACGGCACGAGAGGAAGAUGGAGAAGGAAGCCGAGGAGCGACGGAGAGCGGCCGAGCGGGAGCGGCUCAAAAUCCAAAAGGACGUCGAGAGCAUGUUUGAGGCUGCAGUUCAGUAUGAGAUCGACGCCUCCCUGCGCAAGGAGGAGUCAGUCGGUGAACGCGUCUUGGUCGAUGACGCCGAGCACGCUUCGGCCGAUGACGCCGAAAAUGAGACCGAGGAGGCUCAACUCAGCGAGGGCUCCAUCAACAUCAAAAAUGGCGCGAUUUGCAUCGAGACGGAAGGCUCUAUUGACGUGAUGGGCGGGUUCCUGAACAAGCGGGACGGCUCCAUCAUGAUCAAGACCGGCUUCGUCAACAUGGUCAGCGGCGACAUUGACUUUCUGCACCGUGACGACCGGAAGCGUUUCCAAGAGGAUCUUGGCACGGUGUCCAUCAGUUUUGAAGAUGGUGUUUCUCGUCGGGGGAUCAACAUCGACGACGCUGAUAGCAAUCCGGACCUGAUCAGCCUCACGGACGCGAAGAUCAAGAUCACCGAGGGUUAUAUCGAAAUCAACGACGGCUCCAUCAAGGUCACCGGAGAGGAGGGUUUGGCCCACGCCAAGAAGAUAUUGAGUUCCAUCAGAAUCAAGCGGGGCGCAAUCCACAUCAUCGAGGGAUCCGCCACCUUCACCGACGGGCAGGACGACUUUAUCAACUGCUCAUUCGACAUCAAAGAGACCACCCUCGGCUUCAAGGACGGUUACACUGACAUCGAAGCCCACAAGGACAUGUACUCUACCCGCGACUGGGGCCGAGGCUAUCAGCCUAACGUCGAUGGCAACAGCGAUUCUACCAAGAGCUGGAGCUACGAUCUGCCGCAAGACAAAGCCAGGGAAAGAGUUCGCAAAAUGCAGGACGACAUUGAGGAAAAAGCAAGGGAGCAAUGGGCGGCAGAGGAGAAGAAGAGGGAGAGGGAGGAGCAGCAGAGGAAGAGGAAAUUGGAGGAGGAGGAGGAGGAGAGAAAGAGGAAACUGGAGGAAGAGGAACAAGAGCGGAUCAGGAAGGAAAUACUUGCCAGAAAGAGGGAGAGCCUGCGGAAGAGCCUUUCCACGACGUUUGUCACUGACAGCAGACGGAAAAAGAAGGACUGAUGAGCUGAUGCUGCCUGGGCUGGCGUGGCAUUGGAAAAAGGCAAGACAGCUAGAUGUUUGCUCGAGUAUAUAAGAGAAUAUGAGAAUAUGAAUCCCCAUUCCAUCAGUUAUUUUGACAUCAGCAAGUAGGUACAAAAGAACCAAUAAGA